AGACAACACCAAUGUUGUUACUAUGAGGAAUGAUUGCCAUAUCAUAUCUUUUGUAAUCAAGUGAUCUUAAAUUCUUAAUUCGUCCCCCUAGCUCCUGUGUUCCAUAUAUAGUUACCAUAAAAGCACCAUCUUACUUCCUUCUUCUUCUUUAUGAUAAUGGAUGGUAACAAUAAUAACUGGGUUGUUAAGGAUGGUGAUCACGAUGAUGAUAUAUGUGACGCUUCAAUAUCCACGGGAUCCAUCUCAUCAGAAGAUUCAAUGAACUCCGCGUGUUCAUCUUCUUCAUCAGAUGAUGAGUUGGCUGAGGAUGCAUCCUCCUCAUCAUCGUCAUCGAAUUCAAACGGCCCUCUAUACAAGCUAUCAGAACUCAUGAACCAUCUUCCAAUAAAGAGAGGGUUGUCGAUGUUUUACCAAGGGAAAGCAGAAUCUUUCACUUGUUUAGAGAGGGUGCAGAGCAUAGAAAAUCUUGCUAAGAAAGAAAAUGGUAGCAGCGGUUACAGAAACAGAAAAAGAAUAAUGAAAUGGAGAGGCUUGGAUACUAGUAACAGAAGAAUGAUGAGAAUAUCAUCUUCGUACACUAGUCCCAAGGCAAAAAUAUCAAAGAAGCCACCUUCAAGGGGAUCUUCUUUUGCUUCUCUAGUAACUAAUAAACAGAGACUAAGUAUUAGUAGUAGUAGUUCUCUCCUUGGAGCAUCUACGCGUUCUUAUGUACACAAUAAUUUUUAAUUUGAAAUCCAUUAUAUUAUUGACCUGGAUUUUGAAUUCCGCCAUUUUAUAUUUUAUUUUUAAUAA